AGGCAACGCAUCGGCAUAUGCAGUGGCAUCGGAGCCCUGCUUUGCUGGCGCGGCGGGGACUUAUGCUACACGCCGAUAUUCAUCCCGCUGCUCCGAGUCUGUGAUGCAGCUGACAUGGACGCGCUUAUGGACCAUACUGCGGCGGUAGUGAGAUCGGCAAUGAGCUCCCCGUUGCCGAAGGACGUCCAUCCAGCCCUGUGGCAUGCGGCGCGGACUGUGGCUGACGACGUGACCAGGCGCGUCUUGAACAUGAACGUCCUGCUCAAGGUUUUUUGCAGCGGAGCAGUGGUUUGUGCUGCCCGGUGGCUGGAGCAGUCACCGUCAUCUUCAAGGGCUAUGGACAGUUUACACCCAGUAUUACACGGCGCACGCGUGCGAGGACUUGCUGCGUGUGGCCAGGUGUCAAGGCAGAUCUUCAGCAUGCUCAUGGCACCGUCUGGCGCUCCUGCGAGUGCCUAUCCCACUGUCAAUGUAGUCGCAUCUCAGCUGCCUGUGUGGUUCAUGGCAACGUAUUUGAGGUACUAUGACCAGGUUGCUGCGCUGAUGGUGAACUCCCUGUUGGGCGUGGAGCUGUUGCAGCGGGCCGCGCGUGACGCGCUCGGCGACUCGGCUCCACCAGUUGCUCUGGGCGCCGUCGAUGUUGCAUGCGCCGGGCUGGGCGUGUGCUGCUUUGCCCGGCAGCUGUGGGGCUCCUACAGUGCCGACAUCCUCUGGGCACGGAGUUGCUGCAGCAAGCUGUACGAGAGGGCCGAGCGCCUCGUGAGAGCGCCAUGA